GCCGCCCGGCUGUAACACGAGCUUGUGUUUCCUGGUGCCGGGGCUCCUUUAAGAGGCAGAGCUCGGUGCUGGGAAUUCACGUCAGUUUCAGCCCUGAAACUCUCCAGAUCAAUGAGCAAAGAGCUUUCUCACUUCUGCCUUUCAGUUUCUCUCUUCCAGGAAGGAAAACAUUCAGAGGGAGAGGGAGAGGGAGCGGGAGCGAGAGCGAGGGCAGCAGCAGCCGCAGCCGCAGCCGCCGCCUCACCCUCCCGGGCUGGAAGCAGACCCCCCUGGCAGCCCCUUCUUCCCCAACCAGCAGCACCCCCACCAAACUAUGCGGGCUGCCACUCCCAGGGGCAGAUCUGCCGGCACCUUGAGCUCUUUGGGGAAGAUGGUCGGAGUAACUUCUCCUUGAAUGAUUGCGUCUGGCUCUGAAGGAUUUCUGGGUUGGGGAGAGGAAAGGAAAGUGGGAAAACCCCCCUAAGAACUUCCUGAUCUCUCUCGUUCCCUUUCUCUGCCCUCUCCUUUUUUCUUUUUAUUUCCCUCCCUCUGUGAGACAUGUCUGAGGCUCCUGCUCAGUGUUGCAUCAAGAUUCAAGAAAGAGAGUGAAAAACCUUCAUGGAAUACAUGGAAGGGGAAUUACAGAUCAGCCUUUGAAAAAAGCAGAAGUUGUCUGGUUUUGAGGAAGAGGCAUUGUUCACUUCCAGGAGCUGUACAUGGGUUGAACAGGAAAGAAUUUCAUACACGCCUCCAGCAAGCCCGGUACCAAAUUACACUUCGUCACCACUACAUGUCCCAGUGCCUCGAGCAAUCAGGAUGGAGGAAGAUGCGAUCAGACUGCCUGCACACCUGCGUUUGCAGCCAGUUUACUGGAGCAGAGAAGAUGUGGCUCAGUGGCUCAAGUGGGCAGAGAAGGAGUUUUCCUUGAGGCCAAUUGACAGCAACACUUUUGAGAUGAAUGGCAAAGCUCUCCUGCUGCUAACCAAAGAGGACUUUCGAUACAGGUCUCCUCAUUCAGGUGACGUACUGUAUGAACUACUUCAGCAUAUCCUGAAGCAAAGGAAAGCUCGUAUGCUGUUUUCACCUUUCUUCCACCCUGGGAACUCUAUACACGCUCAGCCAGAGGUCAUAUUACACCAAAACCACGAUGAAGAUAACUUUGUCCAGAGACCUUCAAGACCAUCAGCAGAAACAGUCCAUCACAAUCCCCCAACCAUUGAACUGUUGCAUCGCUCUAGAUCACCUGUCACCACCAAUCACCGGCCAUCACCAGACCUGGAACAGAGACCGUUGAAGUCCCCAUUGGACAACACUAUCCGUCGCCUCUCCCCAGCUGAGAGGGUCCCAGGAACAAGGCAUCAGCAAGAGAACAACCAUCAGGAUACUUACCCUCUCUCAGUGUCUCCUAUAGAGAACAACCACUGCCCACCUCCUUCUGAAGUGCUUCAGAAGCCUUCCAGCCCCCGCCAAGAGAACACCCGAGUCAUCCAGCUGAUGCCUAGUCCCAUCAUGCACCCUUUAAUAUUGAACCCCAGGCACUCUGAUUUCAAACCAUCGAGGUUGUCUGAGGAUGGGCUGCACAGGGAGGUAAAACCCAUCAACCUGUCCCACCGAGAGGAGCUAGCAUACAUGAACCACAUCAUGGUGUCUGUCUCCCCUCCUGAGGAACAUUCAAUGCCAAUUGGAAGGAUAGCAGAUUGCAGGCUGCUUUGGGAUUACGUCUAUCAGCUGCUUUCUGACAGCCGGUACGAAAACUUCAUCCGAUGGGAGGACAAGGAGUCCAAAAUAUUUCGGAUAGUGGAUCCCAAUGGGCUGGCCCGGCUGUGGGGAAACCACAAGAACAGAACAAAUAUGACCUAUGAGAAAAUGUCCAGAGCCCUACGCCACUACUACAAACUAAAUAUUAUCCGGAAGGAGCCAGGACAAAGACUUUUGUUCAGGUUCAUGAAGACCCCAGAUGAGAUUAUGAGUGGCCGAACAGACCGCCUUGAGCACCUUGAGUCCCAGGAACUGGAUGAACAAAUGUACCAAGAAGAUGAGUGUUGAAGAGACAAGUGCACUGCCUCACCGGGUUUGUGGGAGAAACAUCUGCCUCAACAGCUAGGGUAGUUUGUGAGGGGAAGAAACAAUACAGGAGCAGAACAUGGGGUCGGCACUUAACUUGAAGAUCAUGCAGGACCCAAGGCACCUUAAUAAAACAAACAAACUGGUAAAAGUGGUGCUGGCAGCAAGGUGGAAGAGAGAGAGCCUGGACUCAUGCACUACUUCAUCAUCCCUAUGGAGUCUCCCCUGAGUUGUCUUUAAUUUUUCUUUCCUUGGCUUGUUUGUUUCAGUUUUUUGGGGGGGUUUCUUGUUGGUUUUUUUCCCCCCAAUAAACCCAGUUUAACUUUUCUUAACUCAUAUAGGACAAGUUGUGAGAUUUUGCUUCUUCAGAAGGCUUUCCUAUGGAAAUAGUACGCUAUUGUUCUUUUCUCUGCAAGUCUCAUGACCAUAACAUGGCCUAAAAACAUUGGUGGCAGUGUCAUGAAAGAGAUCGCCUGAUGGUUCCGUGUGUUGGGAUCACAUUUGCUCAUGCUGCCACUGGGCAAGGUCUUGAGCUACCAAGAGAAUUUGGAAUACAUAUCUGUUAAAUGAAGGGGAGUCAUCUUUCACUGUCAAUCUGAGACAUUUUACCAGCAUACUAUGGGCUGGUGUCUUGAGUCCUGCAAGUAGCUUUUCACUGCUAGCUUAGCCCAUGGACCAAAUCUAAUCACCUAAGUGCUCCAGGAAAGAAGAAGAAAUAAGACCAAGGCCUGACAAAAUGCAAUAGACUGAUGCUGGCUUUUGCUCUCCUUCCCUCUUGCAAAACAGCAGAAUUGAAAUGACACAAAUAAUGUGGAAUCUUUAUUCAGUCUUCUUUCAAAAAGCCAGAUUUGAAGUACUCAUUAUGACAAAAGGGAGGUUUGUUUUACACACCAGCUAGCAGUUUGGGGGUUUAUGGCGAAGGGUUGUUCUUUCCAUCUUAGUAGGAGAGAGAAGGGACCCACAUAGUUGCUUGUAAUACUCAGAAACCUCCCCAGAAUUGUCCUGCGCGGCUGGAGAGAAAAGUGAAAACAAUACAGACCGUAUAGCUACACUGGUAUCUUAUAAAUUGGGGGGGGGAGGGGUUUGUUUUUUUGUUUUUUUUCCAUGCGUCCAAUUUCCUACCCAGCCCCUUCUAAUGACAGCUCUGCCAGGAAGUGAUCACUUUUCAGCUUACCUCUUUUUAACACAGUUUUCUUCUUAUAAACAAUCUUGCUGCAUUCUUGCCUUUUAAUUUUAAAUAUUCAUUUUUUUAGCUCCAGUUUGACUUUCAGCAUUUAGGGCAGGGGUUUACAAUGUUUUUGGCCAGAGUGCCAAAAACACCUCAACCCAUGCCUUGACUUGGUGUGGCAGAGGCAGAAGGAGGGGAGCUGCCAAGGGCCUGAUCCUUGUUGCUGGUGGUGGGUGCACACGUGCCUCCAGGCGCACAUCAGUGAAGGGACCAGGGUGCGCUGCCCCAGCCCCUUCCCCACUGUGCACCUUGAGGCAUGCGUACACCCACCACUGCCAGGGAGCUGGUGGUGGGGCUUCGGACCCAAGUGCACCUGUUUGCAGCCUGCCUGCCACCUGCUGCUGCCCAGAGUCCAGGCCAGCUGUGGCCAGUAGCCAGGAGACUGUAGACAGCUGUGCCGGGCUCUGGAGCCGCAACAGGGCUCCAUGGUGGUGGUUGCAUGUGUACUACGAGACGCACAGCUGGGAAGGGGCCUGGGGCAGCACAACCCUGGCUCUUCUGCCCCAAAGCACUUGUGUAGCUGCUGCUGCCACAGAGGCUAACUGGGGCUCUGGAGCCUGGCUGGAUCCUGGUAUAGCUGUUUGCCACAGCUGGCCCGGGAUCUGGGCAGCAGCACCAGGCAGCUGGGAAGCUGUAAACGGCUGCAUCGGAGUCUGAUGGUGGCUGAAUGGGCAUCUCGGGGUGCAUGGCAGGCAAAAGGCUGAAGUUGCAUUUCCCCUGGCCCAUUUCUGACUGUGCACUGCAAAGCGAACGUGCAGCCACUGCCACUACAGAGCUUUACUGGAGCUGUGGAGCCUGGUGCAUCUGCAGACUCCAGCAUGCCUGCUACAUCCGGUCCAGGCUUUGGGCAGCUGCUGCCUGCCAUGGAGUCCAGGCUGCUCGCAGCAGUGCUUGUAGUCUCCCCACCACCGGCUGCAAGCAGCCUGGGCUCCAUGGCUGGCAGCAGCUGCCCAGAGUCCAGGCUGGCUGUGGAGUGGUAAGUAAAAUGGCCUCAUGUGCUAUGCUUUGGCACAUGUGCUGGGGGUUGCUAACCCCUGAUUUAGGGUAAGGUGUGCUCUGGAUGGAGCGGUCAGCUUUGCCUAGGCUGCAGGCAAGAAGUUUCGUAGAAGCAUUGAUCCUUCCAUCUGUGGGGGCUUUUAUGUCUGAGAUGGGAGAAACUAUUUGCCUUUGCAGUGUUACACAUCGACGUGACACUUGAAGGUUUCAGAAGACAUGGUGUCCCCUUUAAAGUGAAGGAAAUUCAAGCAGUCAAAUGUGUAUUUGGUUUGGGAAAAAAUGCACGUGAUUUUUCAACAUGGAGAUUGGAGUUUUUCUGUAGGUAUCUUGUGAUGUUCAAAGGAAAGAAAACCUUUCUGUCUUCAUUAGCACAACCUCUUCUAUGUGUUCAUACAAGUUAGAAAUGGAUUUAAUAACUACCUUGAUUUCUUCCAUCUAACCAAAAAGCCUAAAAUGGUCAGAGGAAGGUGGGGUAUCAUUUAUUAAACCCAUACAACACUUAGUCUAUGCCAAAUACUUAACAGGAAUGUUAAUUUCUCCAGAAAACCUCCCAUUUGGUUACCAGUGGUACCCUGUAUUCUUAAAUAAACUAAGUCCAAUUUCACUGUAAGGUGCAUUGAGUCACUUACUGUAGGGCAAACGGGGUUCAUUAAGGACACAGCCAAAUAUUAUGGAAUGAGGACAGCCCCUUCACAUUUGGCUUCAGAUGAAGCCAGACAGGCAAUACAACUAUCCCUCAGCUUUUUCCAACCACCUAAUGAAACAGCCUUCCAUACUCUUAGAUGAUGUGCUUACCAAAUAACUAUAUAUUGUUUUGUUGUUUUUCCAAAUGUUGCAUCAUCAAAGAACAGCAGGAGCAUCUGUCUGCAGAAGAGAUGCUCAUCUGUUUCCCAUCCCUGCUGUAUAUCUGCAAACCUUUUGGGGCACCAGAAAAAAAAGUGAAAAUGGGAGGUACUGAGUGAUUUUCACUUUGUGGUGACAAAUCCAACUCUGAAGGGAGGCGGGGCAGCUGGGGGGUGGGGAGGGGAGGAGAUUUUGUUGGUUUUAGUUUUGGUGACCUAUCUUCCCAUCAACCUGCUUAAGGGGUACACAUGGCAGCCCUUUCUCAGGGGCAUAUAUUUAGAUUGGACGGCCAGUCUGGCUAUAGCCAUAGCGCAGAGAUCUGAUGACCUCUGACCAAGAAAGCCCAAGACAAAAUUUAUGGAGAGAAUGCAAAUAAGAGGAAGUAAAAACAUUAAAAAUCAUUAUGGCUAAAUAGAGAUCUUUACUGUUUUCCUGUAUUUCUUUCAAUUUUAAGGUGUCAGAAAGGAAAAGGUUAUGCCGGGAGCUGUGCAGAUUCUCUAGUGCACUGGCCAUGACCAAUACGUGAAUAGUUUUUAAUUUUUUCUGCUCCUGCUAUUGUUAUGACACAGUGGGGCAACAAGGAAAGGAACUUGAGUAUCUAAAGUCUUUGCUAAACCAUAGAUUUUGAACCUUGCCUGUAUCUGAUUGCUGUAAACCUAAGACAUUUGACAGUUCUCCAAUUUGUCCUCAAUUCCUUGCUUUUUGUAUUGGCAAAAAGAGUGAAGUGUCAUUACAGAGUGAGUGAAAGGCAAAAGAAAAGGGAAUCUGAAUUGCCACACAGUUCCAGAGUAUGAAAUAUCAUGGAGAAUUUGGAAAUUUUUUUAGCUGAAAAAAGUUAAGAGAAGACUCCAGGCCAAAAUUGCCAAAUAAUCAAGGAUUACAUGUUUCCUUUUUGUUUUUGUGGAACAUUGGGAAUUACUUUCCAGCACAGAGCUACAGGCAUCUUGAGAUACCUUCUGUGUCUUUAAUGAACAAUAGCUUUCUAUGCCCCUAUACAGAUGCAACAAUAACAAAAAACUUAAAUAGUCUCUGGACUCAAAGUAGGUCCUUAAUAUGGUGAAUUUUUCAGCUAAGUACCAGUACUGUCAUCAAGUUGCAGUCAAAUCACAGUGGCUCAGGGAGGGGGCAUAGUAACAAGAAAUGCAGUGCGUGAUGAAGCAACUGGUCAGAUCACAAGGACUUGCAGUAGUAUCUUGUGGGCCUUGCUCAAGUUCAGUUGCCUUUGGGAUUUGGGAGGCAACCUUACAAGCUUUGUUUAACAUACUUCUCUGACAGCUGUAAGAGAGAUUCCUUUUCCUCUCACAUCUGACACACGGUGUGUGGACAGGACACCAAAAUGACCAACCUUUUGGGAAAGGGAGGUAUGCCUGUCAAGAAUAACUUUGCCUUUUCCACCUCCUCAGCCUUCAAUUCAUAAUGCAGAAUUUGCCAGCUGUCAAACAGCCAAACUGUCUGUUUCCUCCAAGGGGAAUCAGAAUAGAGUGAAAGAUUCUGAGGAACAGUCACUUUUGCUGCUGCUAAGGGGGCAUUCAAAUUUGGCAUUCAGAUGGGGCUCUCCCAACCAUCAACAAUCCAAUCUGAAUAAGCCACUGUGUGCAUAUGGAAAGGGAUCUGGGCUACUGUGGCAGGACAGAUGGCCGUUCCGUGGCUGAUAAGGCAACCGUCUCCUGAUUAAAGUCUCAAACCUUUUGAGGACUGUCGUUUCAGAAGAACACUAUUGGGGCCACCUGCAUAAACACUAAGUAAUAGCAAGUUCCCCUAAUCUCACAUAAAUGCUGAGCGUGCAUUCUUCAUGAUUUCUUUUUAGUAUAUGACUGCAACGAAGGGCAAAUCCAGAAUGCAUUUUUUUGGAUUUUUUUUUAAAGAUAAAUUCUAGUCUGUUUUUAUUAAUGAUGGCUUUUUUAAGGUGUGGGGUAAAGGGACUGAAUUGAAUGAAUGUAACAAAACAAACAAAAAAGCCUAUUCUCAGGGCCAGUGAGUUGCAAAUAAUUUUUAAAAUGCCUGUAAUUACAUCAUCUCAAUAAAAAAGUUUUUAAUAUAAAAAAAGGGAA